GUUUGGGCCUGCUGAUUGCAGCAUUGCGACCCCAAGUGGUGGAGCUCGGCUGUGAUGCGUCCGCCACAGGAGUUGUGCAGCAACUCUUUACCGUAUGCAGUGAUCGGCCCGCGCUGCGGGCGCAACUGACCGAGAGCCUGGGUGGAUCGAUCCUCAAGAUGUCGAAGGACAAACAUGGUUGUUUGGCCAUCCAACAUGCCUUGGAGAUGGCUCCCCUCGAGAUGCAAUGCUUGAUUGGAUCCGAGCUGAAAGGCAAGGUGUUCUAUUGCAGCCGGCAUAUGCAUGGAAACUUCGUCAUGCAGAAAAUCAUUCAAACCCUACCGCCGUCGGCUCUCAUGUUCAUCAUGCUCGAGCUGAAGGAGACGGUGGUGGCAGCAGCGCUUCACAUCUACGCUUGCCGCGUUCUUCAGCGGCUCAUCGAGCACUGUGGUCACCGCCCCGAACUCCUGUCGCUACUGGAGGACCUGAUGGUCCCAGGUGAGCAGCUCCAGCGCUUGGUAAAGGAUCCGUACAGCAGCAAUGUGAUUCGCACACUUGUGGUGUGUGGCAGUGUGGAGAAUGCUCGCGUUGUCAUGCGGCUUUUCAGCGAGGAUGUGAUGAAGUAUUCACGCAACCGGCAUGCGAGCCUCGUACUGGAAAAGUGUUUGGAGGUUUCUGCUGGCCCGAAGGCAUCCGAGUUGGCCGAGGACCGCGCGACAUUGAUGACGGCCUUCUUCUCUUCCUCUGCACGGAGCGCCAGCCCUCCUCUCUUGCAAAUCAUGCUGGACCGAUUCGGGAACUACAUCGUCCAACGCGUCAUUGAGACCAGCACGGGUGCAGAAAAGGACGAGGUCAAGAGGCUUCUCACGCUUGCGUGGCCAAAGUUACAGAAUGCUGCCGCUGGGAAGCACAUCUUGUCCGCAGCAAACAAGAAGUUCUCGUUCAAGGUUCAAUGA